AUGCUCACACAACGAAGAAACAAAAAAGACUUGCUUCGCAUUCUUUAAACUUAUGAAACAAAUUGGAGACAUCACUAUUGAAGACAUUUUUGAAAACCAGAAUUGGCAGGAGCUAGCUUGCUCACACGUGUUCAAUAUUUGCGAUGACUAACUACGAAUGGAAGAAGGUUGCCAACCUCAGUCUGGAGCUGUUCCUCGUGUAGUCGCGUGUUCAAAUUAAGUGAAAAGGAGUUGUCGAAGUUUAUCCAGGAAUUCAACAAGGUUCUCCCUCAUGUCCUUUGCGCUAAGAAUGGCGAUCACUGCUUCAAAAACAUUCAAAAUACGAUCCUAGUCACAGAAGCGAUUGGAAAAAUUUUCCACGGAGAAAACACAGCUCAUUCGAUUUGCUCUGACGUCAUGAAGUGUGAAGGCAGUUUGUUUGAAAAUGGUCGAUGCUUUCGUGAAAUAUCAAUGUUAUCAACAUCAUUGAUCUAA